CAAGCGCUAUGUAAGUUAGCACUGUAAGUUAGCACGGACAACAUUUUCUGUCAAUAAUCAGCGAAGUUAGCGCCCGACGACAUAUCGAUACAGUUGUGACACCAAUUUCUCUAAGACAGGAGUUCUAUUCCAAGUUUGAAUUACGAUAAGAGGAAGACGGUAUAAGUAUCAUGGGAAAAGGCGUGCUGGCUGGCCUUGUUCUGGCCUUUUUGGUAGCCAUAGUGGCAUAUUUGGUUCAUCUACCAUUCCCCGAUGACGUGGCAGACAGUCCCUGGGAAGUCCGAAAAGCUUCGUAUGAACUAAUGCUGCAUGUUUAUGUUGACCCGUUCCUCCCUACCGGGCUAAACGAAUGGCUUCACGAAAAGAUGAGAACGCACGCCCGUGCAAGGGGGCCCAGUGUACCAUAUAGAGAUGCGGUUUUUGACAGGGUACAAGUCCGGAUAUUUGUUGAUGAUGCACCAGGCGGGAAGACCAGCAAACGGCCUGCCAUCGUCUACUACCACGGAGGAGGUUUUGUACUGUUCGAACCAGAUACAUAUCAUGCACUAACUUCGCAGCUGGCGAGAAAACUGAAUGCUGUGGUGAUAUCUGUAGACUACAGAUUAGCACCAAAAUAUCCGUUUCCCGCAGCGAUAGACGACUGCACGGCUGCCACAGUGUGGUUCCUCGAACACCUCAAUGAGUAUAACGUCGACCCUGCACGAAUUGCACUCAUGGGGGAUAGCGCAGGCGGAAACUUGGCUGCAGCAACAACACAACGACUUACCUUUGAUCAUAAGUAUCGAGACCUGCCUAAAGUCAAGCUGCAAGUCUUGAUCUAUCCCGUUUUACAGGCUUUUGACUUUCAGACACCAUCCUACCAACGGAAUGGCCACUACCCAAUAUUGCUCAACAAGGUCCUAAUGGCAUGGUUCAUGGACUUCUACCUUAAUGGAAGAAACGGUGGGUCACGUGUUCAAAAUGCAAUGAUGAGCAAUGACCACACCUCAGCUGCCGCUAAGAGGUCGCCGUUGGUCCAAAAAUGUCUCUCUCACGAUCUGAUCCCAGAUGAGUUCAAGCAGUUGGGGUACGAAGCGCCUUCAACUGACUUCGGGGACGAAGUCAUCUAUGAGGAAAUCAGUGGAGUCCUCCUGGAUCCAGACUACGCUCCUCUCAUGCGAGAAGACCUGAGAGGACUCCCAGAGGCGUACAUCCUGACUGCUGAGUAUGACGUCUUGAGGGAUGACGGCAUCAUGUACGCCAAGCGACUGGAGAAGGCUGGAGUUCCGAUCACUUGGAAGGAUUAUCUCAGAGGUUUUCACGGCAUGUUCGGAACUAAUGACAGUUGCCUGAUUGCUUGCACACCGAUUGGUGACCAGAGCUUCUCGGAUUUCAUUGGAUUCGUUAAGAACCGCCUUUAAAUUGUUGUCUUUAUGGUGUGUAAUGUCAUACAAAAGGUCUGGCUCAAAUCGUGUUUUAGUACGCUAAUCAAACUUUACUUAGUUUAGAAAGCACUAAAGCUCUGAAUAUUUUGUUCAAGCAAAAUGUUUUUAAGUCCAUAUCUAAACGUAUCAAUGUAACAAAACUGAAGUGGAAACCGACCAAAGUAGGGGACCAUGACGGUAUUAAACGUCACUCUUUCUGUGCAAACGUUACAUGCAUAAUAAUGAUGAAGUAAUUUACAUAUAAAUUUGCCCAAACAAUGUAACUACUAAACAAAGUAACAAUUAUUUUCUCCCAAAACAAUUCUAAGAAAUUGUAAAUUUGACAUCAGAUUAAAGCUGAAGCCUUCAUUUAAAUCUGAUGGUGCGUUGUUGAGACGAUAUCGAGUAAGUACGACAACUGCUUUUUUGUUCUUUCUAAAUGCGAUCUACCACACCACUCAAAAUACUGGUCUACGCCAUUUAACACCCUUCAACGCAUGACAUAUUGGAAUGAGGAUAAUGUACUAAAUGAAAACAUCUUUUAUUUUCUGUCAACAAACACGAUCCUGAAAAGGUUGGGAAUCGUUAUUGUUAGAGAAGUUUAUACGAAUCAGCACCUGCUUUCAAAUUGAAUUGAAGUUCUACCGACAUUGUUUUCUCUGAAACAAACUAUGAAACUCUGAAACAGCAAACCCUGCACAAUUCAUUAUUUUUCUAAUACUGCUUUUAAUAAUUAGCAUUGCAUUUAUUUCUCACAUGCAUCGCCAAUGUCAUGCAGUAAAACUACUUUAUGCUUUUAUACUGCAUAUUGAGUGGAUUUUUUGUUCGUGCUUUUUUCUUCAUCAUCAAUUUCGUUUUUGUUAAUAAAAUCCCUAAGUUUGUUGUUAAGUUCAUCAACUUAUUUCUUUGUCCUGUUUACUUUCCCUCAUGCUUCUGCUACUGCUUCAGUAUGCCAUUUAAUGUCAUUUUCUUUUAAACCGUAUCAUUUUGAUAUUUUGAGCCUCUAUGGAAAUGGAAUUACUGUCAUUCCCUCAAAAUUUAACUUCAGGUCAAUAAACACUCAUCAACCAUUUCACCUUUAUCCUUGUACUCUAUGCGUCAUAACAAAGUAGUUCUGGUUUUGUUUGAUUUGUCCAACCUGCUCACUCUGGGUUUUUCUGUUCACUGGACCCUCACUCGACGAGCUUUUCUCUCUGUAAAUCAUUUGAACUAUUGCUAUGUGUAGUUUUAAAUGUUACUGAACUCUUAAUGCAUUCUCUUUUUUAACGAUACGUAAAAUUGGACAUGAAAUAAAGUGAAAUGAAAGUAUGUAAAAUCUGGGGCAUUUAAAGAAACUAAUGAGAGAAUAUGUGAAAAUCAUCAACGUUGCACCAGGCUGCUAGGAGGGGAAGUGAAACCAAAAUACAUGUACAAUUUGACCCUUCUCUCCGAAAUGAGUGAGAAUGCAAUUUAAUGACGACUUGUGAAAUCAAGAUACAGUAUUGACUGAGACAGAUUAUUGCAAAGUACACCUACUGCUAUUUUCACAAAGUGACUAAAACUAAGCUAAAACAUAGCUCGUCGUGUGCAAAAAACGCCUUUUUAUGUUGCUGUUUGUAUGAGGUGAUGAAACUUCCACAACCUGCUGCAGCACCGACAUUUUCUUUGCUAGUAGUGCAAAUUUGACACUUGGCUCACUCAAAACAUCUUUUUUACCUCAAAAUGGAUUUUGUUUCAUAGCCGACAGUUUGUAUAAACUCUUGCCACAACCGCAGAGAGUUCAAGGAUGGAAGGCAUUGUCAGCUCCCAAGAUUCGUUGGUAGAGGCCAGAGAAUCCAACAGAGAAAUGUGGAGUAAAACAUGUGACAAGUAAUCAACGAGGGUAUGGACGAAGAUCAAGCCAGAAAAAGGGCGAAAAGGAAGACCCUUUAGGCAUGUAAGCAACUAUUUUUCGACAACAACGAGGAGUUUCUGUCAGGUGUAAUACUUAUAUCUGAAAUAUAAAUGAAACCCAUCAAAACAUUGUCGAUGAUCUUGAAAAAACUCGACACAGGCAUGGAAGUAAGCAACGCCUUAAACAGGGUCAUGCCUAAACACUUUGUUAAAUAUGACAAACUGUUCCAGCUAAAUGACGAAGAAGAAAAUAACUAGAAGAUAGUAACGAUUAAAGAGUUACGGUUCUAAUAAGAAACGUGUACGCUGCAGUGUCUGAAAUCAAAUAUGAAAAUAUAAUAUACCUUACAUAGUCACUCUAGUAGUAAUUGUUAUAUUUGUUAUGAUAAUAGUAAAAUUAAGAAGAUGACAAUAAAAGAGAAUUAAGAAACUGUA